CUUGGCGGUGUGUGUUUUUGUGUGUGUGUGUGUGUGUGGUGAAGGUCCACUGGCUCUUCCUCCGUUGAGCCUCACACACCACAUUCAGCCAGCGGAUGAACAGCAGCAUCUCUCUGCACGGCUUCACAGACCUUUUACAGGAGGGCAAGAUGAAGCUGUUGGUGUGGCUCAGUAUUCUCCUCUGCCUCUUCGCUUGUCAUUUUAAUGACGCCAGAGUCAUCCCAGAAGGAGUACCAUAUGAUGAACCACCAGCUCUUCCCUACUGGCCCUAUUCCACCACUGACUUCUGGAACUACGUUGAAUACUUCAGAUCCAUCGGCGCCUACAACCACAUCAACGAGAUGGCGCGGGCCUUCUUCGCCCACCAGCACCUCGGGGACACCCUGGGAUAUGAGACCAAUGAGGGACAUGAGCACUGAAAGGGAGGCUGGAAGGAGCCAGGUGGGGCGGGAAGAGGGCAGGGAGGGAGCUGGUGAGAUAUCCUGAUUAAAUAAGAAGGAAUACAUGUCUUACUUUGACAGAAAGGAAAUUAAUUUAGACAUUAAAUGAGGUGAUGGAAAGAGCACAGCAAGUAUACCGCUGUUUGUAGAGUAGCCAAACAUAUAGAAUACAAAUGUAGAGUGAGUAGGCGUUUUGUAGGAUUGUAUAAUAUCAGCAUGUAAUAAAUAAAACAUUUCCCAAAUAUUAAA